UCCUCCGGGAGAGACUUCAGAAUGUGAUUCCAGUUUUUUCAGUGUGGAAAACUGUGACGUGGUUAAUGUAUAAUGCGGUUCUGUUCGGGCAAAUCUGCGAGUCUGCGUUGAUGUAACGUGCAGAGCGAGUACGGCGAUGUUCGGACCUGGGCGUGUUCACACAGCACACUGAGAAAGUGACCGUCUGCGGCGUUAUUAUGGCGUUAACUGCAGUUACGGAAUAGUGCAGAACGAUGGCUGACCUGACUCUGAGUGAUGCUCUGACUGACAGCGUGCCCGCGGCCGCUGAGGAGAACAUGGUAGAGAGGGACUUUGUUUCUGCGCUGGAAGCUGAGCCCUUCGAUGACCAGGUUGGGGAGACAGUGGGCAAGACAGACUACAUCCCACUGCUAGACAAUGACGGAAAGGAAACAGAUGCAGUGUUGGAGAGUGAACAACAGGAUGCCCAAGGGGCACAAACACCUGGCACUGUAGGUUCAUCAGUGGCACCAGGGGGACAUAUUUCAGUGUCGCACCCAGAGCCACAGGGCGAAGUCUGGCCACGUCAGGCAGAUCAGCAGGCCUUCGUCUCAGACUUUCUGCCAGGCUCUAUGGCUGGUUAUCCUGAUCAGUGGGGUGCUCAGCCCCACACUGCGCAGAUGAUGGACAGUGGGUUGAUGGGACCUUUCUCAGGAUUCUCUCAGCCUGCAAUGGGAAUGGGAAUCAAUAUGGAUGUUGGAGUUGCACCACUCCAGCCAGAAAAACCUCCAAGCAUUGCAGACAGCCAGAAACUGCCAUCACUGGCCUCAGAGGCACUUACCAUGCGCAAAAACCCUGUGGACAUUUCUCCAGGUGUCUCUGCUGACCGCUGGCCAGAUGAUGCUGGCAUUCCCUCUGACCUGCCCUUCACUCCCAGUGUUUCCACGGUGAUCGGUCGCCAUGCAAGCCAUCUAACAGAAAGCACACAAGAUGCCUCUGCCAAUCAGUGGUCCCACAGAGAUAGUGGACUUGGGGAGCUAGAUGAGAGAGAACAUGAGGGUUCUGAUCGCAAAAAAGAGAAGAAGAAGAAGAAAAGGAGGCCCAAAGAAGACAUCUGGGAUCCAAUGGAAAGUAAGAGUCAGUUGGAAAUGCAAGGCGAGAACAUCUCUCUGCCUGAGGGAUCACAUCAGCUGUCACCACGCAAAGAAAGGGACCGAGAUGUAGGCUGGGAUCGGGAAGACAUUGUUCGGGGUGGUGGUAGGAUCAAGAAAGGAAAAAGUCGCAAGAAGAUUCCAGAAGAGUGGGCGAUCCAUGCAGAGCCCUUUGUCCCUGCUUCAGCCUCCAGGUCUCAAGACUUUGGAGCAGAUAUGGCAACCUCUACACUAGCUGGAGAAGCCUCCGGCCAGGACCUGGUUUCUCUCAGUGAGGAUUUCCCUGAUGGGUCCGUCAUGCCCUCAUUACUCACACGGGAUCUGCUUUCGCUGACAGCUACUUCCCCACCAGCUCUACUGGACCUCAGCCCUGCAGCUCCCUUAGCAACGUGCCCUGGUCACGGACCAGGUUUUUCACCCACAGGCCCCUUGUCUGUCUCCUCCGGCUUCCAAGAUUUGCUUAUGGAAACAGACAGUGUUGAUCUGGGUAACACCAAAGAUGCAUUUACCCUCCCUGUAGACCCAGGUAAAGCCAACCCUCUUGCUUCCACCAUGAAUGAUACCCAGGGCUUUGUGUCUGGUGGGGGACCUCAUGAAGAGUUAAUUUUUGAGCAAGAGCCCUCUUUCAUUGGCCCAACUGUGGGGACCCAUGUUUUGGCUGAUGCUCCUGUUGUUGACCCCUUGAUGUCAACUCCUGGUAGUGCUGGUUUUGGAUCAUCUAUGGAGGCGCUGAUAUCAGCUCCACCAUUCUCUCCAUCUGGAACAGCCUGGUCUCUCAAUGACUCACAACUGAACAACCACAGUGAGCCUUUUGACAUCACUAGCAUGGAGGGUGUCACCUACGAGGCACCUAUACCUGUGCCGGCACCUUUACCUUCACCAAGAGGCAAAACAUCAAAAGAAGCCAAAUCAAAGCAGGGCAAGAAAACCCACUUAUCUUCGUCAAAGAGCCCCACAUCACCUGAAGCGAAACUGCCCUCUCCUCAAAACUCUGGCUUGAACCCUGCUGCUCCACCAUUCUUCCCUAGCUUUGCAGAACCCCGGGAGCAAGAGGCAGAACUGCCUGCCAUGCUGGAAGUCAAAACAGAGAAGGUGGAAAAAAUAGAGAGCUUCCAGAAGUUGGAUGUGCUUGACAAGCAAGACACAGUGGAGAAGGUGGACAAGGUUGUGAAAACUGACAAGGUUGACGUAGUUGACAAGAAAGAAAACAUGGACAUUGGUGACAAGCUUGAUACAUUUGACAAGGUGGAUAAAGCUGAAAAGACAGGUGUAGUUGUAAAGUCAGAUAAGCCAGAAAAAGCUGAGCAGCUUGACAAAACUGAAAAGACAGAUAAACCUGAAAAAACAGACAAGAUUGAAAAAGCAGAAACAUCUGAAAAAGUUGAGAAGAUUCCUGAAGUAAAGGCAUCUGGAGAUAAAACCGAUCUGUUUCCAAAGGUGGACAAAGAGGAGAAGAUGGACGUAGUGGAAACGGUAGAGCUAAAGGCAGAAAAAGAGAAAGUUGACAAGGACAAGUUGGAACACAAAACAGAAAAGGACAGAGAUGAAAAAGAAAAGCUUGAUGAGAAGUCAGAGAAGGACAAAGCUGGGUUUGAUCAGAAGCUAGAUGCAAAACCAGAAAAGGACAAAGCUGAGAAAGACAAACUGGACCAGAAGCUUGAUGAGAAAAUAGAAAAGGACAAAGCAGAAAAAGACAAGCUUGAUCAGAAGUCAGAUGCAAAAACAGAAAAGGACAAAGCUGAAAAAGACUUGCUUGAUCAGAAGCUAGAUGAGAAAAUGGAAAAAGACAAAGCUGAAAAGGAGAAAAUUGAACAGAAGACAGAAAAGGACAAGCCUGAGUUGGGGAAAGAUGAAGCACAAAAAACGGAUGUUAAGGAAGAGACCAACCAGUCUGAGAAACUGGAGAAGCAGGAGAAAACUGAAAAAGCUGGAAAACAGGAGAAGACAGCUACCAAAGUGGAGAAGGAGGACAAAACUGAGAAGGCCAAAAAACCAGCGUCUAAGCUUGGGGCAACUAACGGCACCAGCGCUGCCCCUAGAAAAGACUUGCCCAGUCCAGACAAGAAAACCAAGCCUGUUGCCGGGGCAGCCAAACCGAGCUCGGCCAAACCCCGGCCAAGCCCGGUAUCCAAUGCUGUGGCUGCUCCUAAGCGUUCGACCCUGACCCCAACCCCUACCUCCACAACUGCAACCUCUGCUACCCUCAGCAAAAAAGCACCCGUGCCCAAGGCACCCACACUCACGGCUGGCACCAAGCGGCCUGCUUCGGCUGCCAGCCGUCCAUCCACCACCACCACAGCAUCCAACGAGGUCAAGGCUAAGAUGACCACGGAGAAACGCCCACCAGUGCCAAAGGCUACCGCUGCCCCAGCCCGAACUUCUGCCCCCAAAAACGGUGUAUCUACCACAGCAGUAAGCAAACCCACCACAUCACUUACCUCCCGCACCACUGCAAGUGCCAGCACAGCACGACGCUCCCUGGCGACAAAGACUGAGAGCAAACCAGGGGAGGAGAAGAAACCAAGCACUCUGAAGACUACAGAUUCCACCAAGCCCAAAACUACUUCCAGACCCUCUACUACUAGCAGCACCACCACACGCACCCGUACCACUAAGCCAGCCGUUUCCACUAGCACCACGACCACCACGGUGCCAGAGCGGAAGCCCCCUGUGCCCCGUGCCCCUCGAGCUAGCUCCAAUACCACUGUGACCAGUACCACCACCCGGACAGCCGCCCGGCCUGGAACAGCUCCAGCACCUGAUAUUAAAAAUAUACGCUCCAAGGUCGGCUCCACAGACAACAUCAAACACCAGCCUGGAGGGGGCAAGGUCACAGUUUCUCAAAGCAGGACGGAUGCUCUGGCUCAGGGCUCCAGCUCCAAAGAGACCAGCCAGGGCAAAGUUCAGAUAGUCUCCAAAAAGGUGGACUACAGCCAUGUUACAUCUCGCUUGGGUUCCAAGGACAAUAUCAAGCAUGUCCCUGGUGGAGGGAACGUGCAGAUUCUCAGUAAGAAGGUUGACCUGAGUAAAGUGACCUCAAAGUGUGGUUCAAAGGCCAAUAUCAAGCACAAACCAGGAGGUGGAGAUGUAAAGAUUGAGUCUCAUAAGGUGAACUUCAAAGAAAAGGCCCACCCCAAGGUGGGCUCUUUGGACAACGUCAGUCAUGCACCUGGUGGGGGGAAUGUUAAGAUUGAGUCUUUCAAGCUAAACUUCCGCGAGAAAGCGCGCUCUCGCACGGACCACGGCGCUGACAUCAUAACCUGGCCUGCCCUGGGUGACAGCCCUGCCCAUCCCCAUCCGCUCCGCAGCAGUCUCUCGCUCAACGACUCGUUGGUGACCGCCAGCUUCCCUCGUUCCUCCACAAGCCCUGCCCUCGUCCUUGCCUCUCAAGGACAAGGGUGCAACUCUGGCUCACUCACUGGACUCCGGACGUGACCUCCUCCUCUCAUCGGUUAACUCACAAAACCUCGGCCCCUCCCUUCACAGACUGUUUCAGUCUGAUAAUGAAUAGGUGAAAUGAAUAUAGCAGAAUCUCUUCGUCCACCUCUCCUCAGCUACACAACUCAUGUUGUUCAUACUCACUUGGUUGCAACACUAUCCAUUAGAGCAUGUUGUAGGCUAGUUCUCCUUGCAAGUGUAGUUUUAUUCAGUACUGCAGUCUUAGCAGGAUCUAAUCUCUGUUAGGAUCUCCCAUGGUGUAAUCAACUGGAUAAAUACAUGACCUAUACUCCUGUGUUUACUAAGCUGAUGCAAGUACUCAUUUUAGGGAUAUCAACCCAUAGUUUUGUGUUGCAGCUCUUUGUUCAUUAUGCGGGGCUGUCACGUGAUCCUAUAAGAACCAUUGACUACCCUGCUUCGAUAUCCCCCACUCUCAUAACUCUCAUAACUUACUCCCAUCCUUCGCUGUCCUUCAUAACAACUCACGUUUAAAACAAAGUAAUCUGUUUCAGCUGUAGGUUGAUCUAAAUCGCUCUAAAAUUCUGUGUUUUGUGAUGUGUUUGAGUGAACUCUGUGGCUAUGAGCUGUGUUCUAUUACGUUUGUUUGACUUUUCAUUUCUCGUUGUGCUUGUUUGUUUGGUUCUUUUAUUGGUUUUUCUUCUUGUAAAGCAAUACAUUGGUCUCUGCCUAUAGGACAUUCUUCUUGAAAUUUCUUCUUGAAACAUACGCACAGGAAGCAAAGCUUACAUCUCAGACACAGCUCCACAUGGGUCUCAGAAAGUGUACAUGGUCAGCAGGUGGUGAGGGAGGUUCAUGGAAGGUAAAGAGCGAACAUGUGAGGAAGGGAGUAGAUAUAUGAAGUGGAUGUUACGUGAAGUUGACUUGGCAUGAAGCUGUUAACGAUGAACCAACGGCAAUCAUGAUAGAUGUUUGUGGUUGGAUGGACCUGGUGUAAUGGCCGAAGCAUGUUUGAGAUGGAAGGAGGAACGAAGCCUUGUGUCAUUCAAGUUUGUGCCUCUUAUCCUAAUUACCUGAAACUGGAAAGAGUCUGGGUCUGCCACUGCCUUUAGGAAGAUACAGAGACAUUCAGAAUGUCACAGCCUGACACAAAACCUUUUCUUUCAGCUAGAUUAAUUGUUGCUUUAUGAAGACUUACUUGGACUGUACCUACAUUGUACCUAUACCUAAUCGUGCUUACUGUUCCAGCAGAGGUGUUUCAGAGAGCUAAAAUCGUAGCUUAACCUUUAUUAAAGCAUCAGCAAUGCACAUGGAUAUUCAAACGAGACGUUAGAGACAGUAGACCAUUACGUUGUAGCUUAUUUUUCUUGUAGCACUCAAUCUUAGUCGCCUUUAAAUAGCCUGAGUCCGAAUAUUGUAUCCCGUUCAGAAAACUCUACACAUCACAUAGUUCUACGGUGCUGCGUCUGUUCUACAGUGGAGAAGGGAGAUGUUUUCUUAGUAGCUUUUCCUGUUUAGGGUUAAGACGGUGGCGAGGAUGAGUAAGGGUAGUUCUUUGGUUAGAAAUGCUACUGCAGUUUUGCCCUCUUUUUAACUUCAAAUUAGUGCUACUAAAGAAAGAAAAGGCUCUACCAUAAAGAUGAUCUUACGUAUCCUUCGUUACUAUUAAUCACCAUCAUUUAUUGAAGGUUUUAAACAUUUUGUAAUGAAUCACAGAGAAGUUUAAUGCACAUGCAUAAUAAGAACAAAUCUACAUUAUCACAGAAAUAUUUGAUUGAGGGAACUGGCAUUGAUGAGAAAUCAUUGACUCAGUAUUGAACUAGGGAAAAAACAUUGUAUCUUAAUUUUUAUUUAGGCUCAUGGGCAAUAAAGGUUAUUAUUUAUAUAGAAGUGUUUUUGACAGAUGAGAGGUUUGUAGAUAUUUGUAUUUGAGCUGUGUUGUUGUGCAGCUUUCAAAUGCUCUGGGUAUGGCUCUCUAAUUGAGGUCUUACUCUAUUUUGUAACCUCUAGCUUUGGUCAUUUUAAAGUCAAUUCCCUGUGCCUGAUUGCAGCCAUCUUACUGUCAAGUGCAGUGUACUCUGCUUAUUUUCAUUGAACACUUUCUUGGUCAUCCUCAGUUGCUAGCACACGGUUUUAUGUAAAUAUAUAUAUUUACGGUUUUUACAUUGAGCAUCGCCGCAGGAAGGAAAAAAACUAGAUGGAAAAGAUGAAAAGAAUAUUAACCUUUAAGGUUUUUAGGGAGUGUGCUUGUCAUUUUGAUUAUUAUUGUUAUUAAGAUCAUUAUGAUUUCAGUGAUUAUUAUUAAUAUUUAUUAUUAUUAUCAUUAUUAAAAACUAAAGUUGGUCUGCCUUUUUUUUCCCAUGAGAAAAGGGCUGAGGUGAAAGAAUGUUUUUGAAACAUAAAGUACUAAACAUGCAAGACACUUGUAUUUGUGUUUCUGUCGUACUGCCAUUGCUUUGGUAUGCUGGUCGUGGUUGUGGGUAGUGUGUUAGACUCCUACAAGCAAAAUGCAAAGUUUAUGCAGAGGUCCUGAUGAAUCUCGAUGAGUCUCGUAUUGCUCCUUGCCCAUCUAGUCUUAAAAUCUGAAUAGCACACUGCAGGCAUGAUGUCCUUAGCUAAAUGGUUAAAAAUGUAAGAGCAGGGUUUCGCAUUGAAUGUUUUCGAUUUGCACUGUUUUAUUUCUGCCAUGGAGGACCAGGGCGCCCUGUUGAGGCAGGGAACGAGAGGAGAGGUCCAGUGUAACGUGUGAAAUUGGGGAUCUCACCAUGGCAAGCUUCAGUACCUUAUCAUGAAGUCAUAAAUACAAAGCAUACCACCCUCGCUCAAGCCAUAUUGAGGCUUCAGAAGACUACCACACAUCUUACAUAAAUAUUAAGAUUUUAUUGAAAUCCUCCACGUCAUGUUGGGGGAAGCCCCUUAAAUGCGCUUCUGCUAAUAGAGAGUACUAAAAGAAAACAUACUAAGAGCAUGCAGAACAAGUGGGAUGUGUUUGGUAGACAUUGUCCAUUUGCAGACAUUGUCCUUUGUUUUGUUUUCCAUAUACAUUUGAAAUUCAUUUUAUUUUCUGGUUUGAAAGAAGUGUUUAUUGUGAUCAAUUGUUAACUAGUGAUGUGAUUAUUAAACAUUAAAUAAAAUAAGGUGUUUAAAACA